GAGGAGUCCAUCACCAGCAAGCUAAACCCACAAUACCUUCCUUCCAAGACAUUCAAAGCAGAAAACACAGCAGCACAAACAAGAAGUAGAAUCCAAGAAUUCUACCUCUGUUUUCUUUGCUUGCUUCAUUUUCUCGCUUCCAUUCACUUCAAAGAGUUCAAGAAACAACCAAAGAAAGGUUGAAUCUUUAUCCCAAUGCUGGAAAUGGAUGGCUCUUCUAAACCUCCCCAAAUCUCUGAAAUGUUCUCCAAGUUCGCUCUAGCCUUUAAAGCCAAGACCUUUGAGUUCUUCGCUGAAGAAGAAGAAGACCCGGACAGCUUGUCUCUACUCGACUCCGCCGAAGAGGUCAUCACCGACCAGAAAGUCGUCGUCAUCAAACCCGACGGAGCAACCACUCCCAACCCGCCGGAGCUUCCAAUAACUCCGACGAAGCCCAAUUUGGACGAUACCCAUCUCCAAAAACCAGACCUUUCCACUGUUACAAGCUCUCCGAGCAAAACCCAGAUCAGACCCAUCAAUUUUCCGACGACCCAGACUCUGAUUUCGUCGGUCUUCGCCACUGUCUCGUCUUUCGAAGCUUCCUACCUUCAGUUGCAGACGGCCCAUGUGCCCUUUGUGGAAGAGAGCGUGACGUCAGCGGACCGGGCUCUGGUUUCUCACCUGCAGAGGCUGUCGGAGUUGAAGCAGUUUUUCAGGGGGUUGGAGUUCGGCUCGGGUUUUGGAGUCGGGUCUUGCUUGGAGGCCCAGGUGCAAGAGAAUCAGAGCAAGCUCCGGACUCUGGGGACAAUGUCAAAUAGGCUGCAGACAGAGAUUGAUCACAAAGACAAUGAAGUUGUGGCCCUCAGGAAAAAGCUGGGUGAGAUUCAGAAAUCUAACUUUAGAUUGUCACAGAGGUUAUCUUCUACUUUGAAUGCUUCAUCUUGUGAGGUUUUGUUAUCGGUUAGAGUAUUUGAUUCGGUUCUACAUGAGGCUUGUAGAUUGACACAUAGGUUUACUAAGAUUUUGAUAAGUUUGAUGGGGAAAGCUGGGUGGGAUUUGGAUUUGGCUGCCAAUUUGGUUCAUCCUGAUGUUGCUUACACGAAAAAUGCACACAAUCGGUAUGCGUUUUUGUCAUAUGUUUGUUUGGGAAUGUUCAAAGGGUUUGAUACAAAAGGUUUUGGUUUAGUUGAGGAUGAGGUUUUGUGUAACGGGCAUGAAUCGGAAUUGGAUAAGAGCAAUGUGCCUUUGAAGCAGUUGCUUGAGCAUGUAUCGAGCAAUCCAAUGGAGUUGUUGAGUGGGAAUCAGAGCUGUGAGUUUUCGAGAUUUUGUGAGAACAAGUAUCAAGAGAUCAUUCACCCCACAAUGGAAUCUUCAAUGUUCAGUAAUUUUGAUCGGAAUGCAGUUGUGUUGAGUAAAUGGAGGUCGCUUAGUGUAUUCUAUGAAUCGUUUGUUGAUAUGGCUAGCUCAAUAUGGACGUUACACAAGUUAGCCUAUUGCUUUGAUCCGGUGGUGGAGAUAUUCCAAGUGGAAAGAGAUGCAGAAUUUUCUGUUGUAUAUAUGGAAGAUGUCACUAGGAGAUUGUCACUGCCUAGUAAAACCAGGGCAAAAGUUGGCUUCACAGUGGUUCCGGGUUUUAAAAUUGGAAGGACGAUGAUUCAGUCUCAGGUUUACCUAAGUGGCUUGAAAUGUACAGAGUAGUGACAGAUAAUUGUUCCCCUAUUAGGACUGUCAUGGCAAUAUUAAGAUGCGGCGACUUGCCAAGGAAACUCUUUGAAGAAGUUUGACUGUGCUGCACCCGCAAUAAUCAUGCCAUUGCCAUAUAUAUAGUUUUCUUGUGAUACAUGCUACCUGGUUAGUGACUUUGCUUUUCCUUUGUAUAUGGAUUUCUGUUGAGAGUUGAGACCUCUGUUAACCCAACUGUAUAGAACCCUUUUCGUUCUAGUCUCUCUAUUUUGGCUUAAAUACGUAUACACUACAGAGUCGUGUAUCUCAGUUGGUUGUGCCAUUGAAAACAAAUACCUUAUGACUUUCAGCUGUAA